AUGCAAUUUGAAAAUACAUUAGCGUUUGCUCAAUCAUUGGAUGAAAAGGAUGAACUGAAACAUUUUCGCCAGCGGUUCUAUUUGCCCCGCCACGGUGAUAGUGAUUGUAUCUACUUUACGGGUAAUUCGCUUGGGUUACAACCUAGAUCAGUAAAACAGUAUAUCGACCAGGAACUUGAUGACUGGGCCCGUUUUGGUGUGGAAGGACAUUUCAAUGCCAAACACCCAUGGGUAUCUUACCAUGAAUUAUUCCCCGCAUCGCUUUCAAAGAUUGUAGGUUGCCUGCCACACGAAGUAGUAGUGAUGAAUCAACUGACGGUGAACCUGCAUUUGCUGAUGGUCUCCUUUUAUCGUCCGACAAAAGAACGUUACAGGAUCGUUUGCGAAGCAAAAGCGUUUCCAUCUGAUCAGUAUGCAUUCGAAUCACAGGUAAAACAUCAUGGCUUUGACCCCGCAGAUGCGAUUAUCGAAAUAGCUCCGCGACCCGGCGAGCACCAGGUGCGCGAAGAAGAUAUCCUUUCAAUAAUUAAAGAGAAAGCCGACUCCAUUGCACUAGUGAUUUUCGGAGGCAUCAACUAUUACACUGGCCAGUUAUUCGAUAUGGCCGCCAUUACUGAAGCAGCUCAUGCUGUCGGGGCAUAUGCCGGUUUUGACCUUGCUCAUGCUGCCGGCAAUGUAAAACUGGAAUUGCAUAAAUGGAAUGUGGAUUUUGCCUGCUGGUGUUCCUACAAAUAUUUAAACAGCAGUCCUGGUGGUGUUUCAGGUAUAUUUAUAAAUGAGCGCCAUGUUAAGCAAAAAGACUUCCCGCGAUUUGCCGGCUGGUGGGGAUCUGACAAAACAUCGCGGUUCCUCAUGAACAAAAAUUUUGACCCCAUACCUACCGCAGAGGGCUGGCAAUUGAGUAACGCGCCUAAUACCCGGCAGUUGCCUGACAAGAUUAUCCGCCAGGAUGAUCGUCUGCGAGAACAAAGAGAAAAUGAAAAGGCAGAGAUUACCCCAGAAAAGAUACCGGAUCAAUUUGUCAUUCCAUCGCAUGACGCUAUACACAAGGAACACCAGCGUCAGUAUCAGCAACAUCACUUUUGUGAUAUUUUCAAUCGCGUUUUCUACCACAAAAUUGUCGGAGAAAUAGUGGGCCAGUGUGUACAUGAUCACCGCCACGAGCAGCAUGCUGAUUCCAGCGUUAUAAAGCUUGUAAAGGAAAGGGUGCUGCCGUCUUGUUGCCAG